CGUCUCGUCACGCACGGAGCACGGUAAAUUAGCUAGCAGAGUAACCACCACACACAGAUACGGAUGUACGCGCAGUUGGUAACGGCAAUCAACGGUAGACUUUGGACCCUCCACUUCCUUCAACCGUAAACCGCUGUUCGCUGUUAGGCAAGCAGUACAAGCAUCGGCACAGAUCUUUUUCGGUGUGUCCAGACAACGUAGCGCACGAUGCAGCGCAACGUGCAAACCGUUCGCCGGAUAAACGUACUCCAGCGUAUCCUGGCCCACCAGCACCCGGCUGUCGCGUCGUGUACCGUGCGGCGUGCCGCCUCCAGCACCGCCAACGAUGGAGCCACCAUCGAGAUCGGCGACGUAACGAUGCAGGUGGAGGCACCCCGUCAUCCGGAGCUGGUACCGACCGGGUACUACUACGGGGCCGAUGGGGGCACCGACAGUCACCUCUCGCAAACCCGGCUACACCAUCUGCGGUGGAUGUUGCAGAAGGAUAAGCUGGGCCAGGAUAUGAUGCUACUGGGGCGACCGGGCCGGUUGCGGCGCCAUCUCGUGAUGCAGUAUGCCGAGCUGACGCGCCGCGAGGUCGAGUACGUGCUGCUGAACCGCGACACGACCGAGAGCGAUCUGAAGCAGCGGCGCGAAAUCCGGGACGGGACGGCGACCUACCACAACCAGGGUGCGGUCCGAGCCGCCACCGAGGGGCGCCUGCUCGUGAUCGAGGGUGUGGAGAAGGCUGAGCGAAACGUGCUGCCGAUCCUGAACAACCUGCUGGAGAACCGCGAGAUGCACCUGGAGGAUGGCCGGUUUCUCAUCUCGGCCAAGAACUACGAUUCGCUGCGGCAGCGCUACGAUCGGGAGCAGCUGGACCGGUGGGGACUGGUGCGCGUAUCGGAGGAGUUCCGGGUGGUGGCACUCGGUCUCCCGGUGCCACGGUACCGGGGCGCACCGCUAGAUCCACCGCUCCGUUCCCGCUUUCAAGCCCGGGACGUACCGGAUCUGCCAUACGUUGAGGUGCUGCUGGAGGCGAAGGAGCUGGCCGGUGGGCUCGCCCCUCCCGACGUUCUGACGCGUCUCGUUUCCUUUGCUUACGCUGUACAAUCGGCCACGGCCGGUUCCCUGCCCGACUUCCCGAUCGACAACCUACGCUACGCCGGGCUGCUGCUGCGCAACAACGGCUCGCUGACGGUUCACGAGCUGAUCGAGCGGCUCUACCCGUACCGGGUGUUUCUGGAGAAGGAAGGUAUCGGGCUGGUGGCCAGCUUGCUCGACUCACUCCAGAUACCCGGUGGCCCCUUGAAGGAUGGAACGCAGGGCGGGGAUGGUGACCGCCGUGGGGUGUUACCGCCACUGACGGUUGCCUCGGUUGAACCGGCGGCCAACGAUCCGGUGGGGCUGCUGCAGGUGUCGCUACAACCGCGCACCGGCGGUGGCACCCCGGUUACGGUGCAGGUGGCACGUGGCACACCAGGUGCAUCGGUGGAUCAGCGUGAUCGCUAUGUCCCAACCGCUUAUCAGGCCGGUCUGCUGGCCGACCUACUGCAGACGAUCGCCGUCGGUGACGUGUGCCUGGUGGGGCCGCGUGGUUGCGGCAAAUCCGUGCUCGCCCAGCAGCUCUGCCUGACACUCGACCGGCAGCAGACGGAAACGAUGGUCCUGUACCAGGAUAUGACGGCCCGCGAUCUUCUGCAGAAGCGCACGACACGCCCGAACGGGGACACGGUGUGGCAGGACUCACCGCUGCUCGCGGCCGCCCUAGCUGGCCACGCGGUCAUCCUCGAUGGCAUCCACCGGUUGCACCACAGUACGCUCGCCAUCCUGCACCGGCUGGUGCACGAUCGCGAGAUGCAGCUGUACGAUGGGCGCCGACUGCUGCACCACGAGCGCUACGAUCGAUUGGUGGCAGCGGAAGGUGGUUCGGGCGACCCGACUGCCACCAAGGCCACCGGUGAGCUACUGCGCAUCCAUCCCGGGUUCCGGAUUAUCGCACUGGCCGAACCGAACGGUCGCCGGGAGGCCGGGACCGGGUACGGUGGUACGGCCACCAGUUGGAUCGCCCCGGAAACGCUCAAUCUGUUUCUGUUCCACGAGGUGCGCGGGCUGAGCGAACGCGAAGAGCGUACACUGUUGGAUACCCUGUACGGUCCGCUCGACGGAACGAUGGAGCAGAUCGUGGACCUAGCGCACCGUCUGCGCUCAUCAGGGGACCCAGUGAUGCGCACACUCUCGACCAACCUGUCCACGCGCCAGCUGCUCCGCAUUGCUCGUCGGUUGCGCCAGUACGGGGAGCGGGCGGCCCAACGGAACGCGGCCGAUAUCGUGCACGCCACUUUUCUCAGCAAGUUCAUGCCUAACCUAGCCCGGAACGUGCUCGAGUCGGCGAUGGAGCGUACCGGCAUUCGGCAGCAGGGCGGAUCGGCGACAGGGGACGCAAACGACACCGCCGAUCCGAAGACACCGUUGGUCGAGUUGCUGGAGGGUGGCUCGGUGUUGCGGCUCGGGCGCACCGUGGUACGCCGGUACGAGACGGAAGCCAUCAGCAAGGUGCCCGACAUCGUGUUCUACGAUGUACCGCAGCACCUGCGGCUGAUGGAGCGCCUGCUGCAGGACUUUCUGCUCGGCGAGCAUCUGCUGCUGGUGGGCAACCAGGGUGUGGGCAAGAACAAGAUCGCUGACCGGUUGCUGCAGCUGAUGAACCGACCGCGCGAAUACAUCCAGCUGCACCGCGACACGACGGUCCAAUCUCUGACGCAGCAAGCGACGGUGCGGGACGGGCGCAUCGAGUACGAGGAUUCGCCGCUGGUGAAGGCGGUCCGGGCUGGCCACGUGCUGGUGGUCGACGAGGCCGACAAGGCACCGAUCCACGUGACCUGCAUCCUCAAGACGCUCGUCGAAAACGGCGAGAUGCUGCUGUCGGACGGUCGCCGAAUCUGCCCACCGUCGGUGGCCACUAGUGCUGAUGACCACCGGCUCAUCCCAACGCACCCGGACUUCCGGCUGGUGGUGCUGGCCAACCGACCUGGGUUUCCCUUCCUCGGCAACGACUUUUUUUCGGCCCUCGGUGACCUCUUCUCCUGCCACGCGGUCGACAAUCCGUCGCCAGACUCCGAGCUCUACCUGCUGCGGCAAUACGGCCCGAGCGUUUCGCCGGCCCUCAUCCGCCAGCUGGUCGAUGCGUUUGCCGAGCUGCGCGAUAUGGCCGACGCUGGUACCCUGCACUAUCCCUACUCGACCCGAGAGGUGGUCGCGAUCGUGAAGCAUCUCGAACGCUUCCCGAGCGAUCCGCUGGCGGAGCUGAUCGGCAACGUACUCGACCACGACCGGUACGCACCGGAAACGCUCGAGCAGGUGACCGCGGUACUGUUACGGCACGGACUCCCGAUCGGAGAGUAUGCGGAGGGCUGUGAGGCGGUUGCGGCCUUGCGCCGCCAGCGCCAACUCCAGCUGACCGUGCGUAGCCACAGCGGGAAGGGCGUGUCGGGACCGAAGCACGGUAAGGUCGACCCGAACAACGAUCCGCACGUGGGUGGCAACACUUGGGCCGGUGGUACCGGGGGCCGCGAUACGGCUGGGCUUGGUGGCAAGGGUGGACCAUACCGGCUGGACGGGGGCCACCCGGUUCACCAGCUGUCGGAUGCGGAGAAGGAUGCGGUGCCAGAGUCGGUGAAGCAGGCGGCCCGCGAGAUGAACCGGAAGGCGUUCGAGGAGAAGCUUCGCGAGAUCCAGAUGAGCCCGUACGAGCACAAGGUGUACGAGCAGUACAGUGAGCCGGUUCGGCGCCAGGUGCAGCAACUCCGCAUCACGCUGCAGGCACUGCAGGCGAGGGCCCACGAGCGCCAGUGGCAGAAGCAUCGCACGGCCGGCGAGCUUGACGAUACCAAGCUGGUGGAGGGGAUCACGGGCGAGCGGGCGAUCUACAAGCAGCGGGCGGAACAGGAACCAGAACCAGGCCAACCUCAGGAGCGCCCGAAGCGGCUCAAGCUCGUCGUCGACGUGUCCGGGUCGAUGUACCGUUUCAACGGGUACGACGGGCGGCUCGAUCGGCAGCUCGAGGCGACCGCCAUGGUGAUGGAGGCGUUCGAUGGGUUUGAGGCGAAGAUCCGGUACGACAUAGUCGGGCACAGUGGCGAAGCGGUCGUCAUACCGUUCGUGACCGACAAGAACCCACCGAAGGACGACAAGCGCCGGCUCGAGACGCUCAAGAUGAUGCACGCACAUUCGCAGUUCUGCUGGAGCGGUGAUCAUACGCUGGCCGCGACCGAACAGGCGGUCGACGAGAUGGCUCACGAGGACUGCGACGAAGCGAUCGUGAUCGUGCUGAGCGAUGCAAAUCUGGCCCGGUACGGUAUCUCGCCCCGGCGCCUCAACGAGGCGCUCGGCCGUCAGCUGCCCAAGGUGCGGGCACACGUCGUGUUCAUUGGCAGCCUGGGCGAUGAGGCGCAGAUCGUCGCGAACGAGAUGGCCGCCGAUCGGGCCUUCGUUUGCAUGAACCUGGACCAGCUGCCACAGAUCAUGCGGCAAAUCUUUGCUUCCUCGCUGUUACACUAACACAGCCACGGAUACUGCUGUAUUUUGUACGGCAGCUACUACUACCUCGAGUUGACCCAUUCCUCCCGUGCUAAUCCUUGAUUGUACAUAACCUUCAGCCUUCAUGUUUUAGACAAUAAAAAGUGGCCAAGCCACCAUGUAGCAGAAGUAA